CCGAGCCCGGCAUGGAGCUAUAAGGGCUAUUGAACUGUAGAGGGAAACGUAUUCUCGUCCUGGAAUUGGGGUAUGGGAAGCUCGGAUACCUGAGGGAGUACUUGGAGGCUUCGUAUAUUGGAGAAGUUCGAUUCAGCCCAGGAUAGGUGCGGAUACUUGUGUGUACGGAUGGCGGCUCCCCGGGAGCUACUCGGGCUCCUGCUCGCUAUGUGCCGACUGUGCGCGGUGCUCAGCAAAGUCUUGGAGCCGGUGACAUCGAACUCUCAGAACCCUAGGUUUGUGGCUGGAAAGGGGUUGGUCAUUUAUCCUGAGAUUGGGGAUCGUUUGGACAUUAUAUGCCCAAGGGAGCAAUCAAGGCCUUAUGAGUAUUACAAGCUCUAUAUGGUGCGGAAAGACCAAGCUGAGUCUUGCAGCACUGUGAUGGACCCAAAUGUGCUGGUGACUUGCCAUCAGCCCGAAAAGGAGUUCCGCUUCACCAUCAAGUUUCAGGAAUUUAGCCCCAACUACAUGGGCCUGGAGUUCAGGAAACAUCAGGACUAUUACAUUACAUCAACUUCCAAUGGUACCCUGCCUGGCCUGGAAAACCGUGAGGGCGGUGUAUGUCACACAAGAUCUAUGAAGAUAAUCAUGAAGGUCGGACAAGAUCCCAAUACUGUGAUACAUGACCACUCUACCACCCGACCAAGCAAAGAGGCAGAUAACACUGGUAAAAUAGCAACCCUUGGACCCUGGAACCGUGUUGCAGAUGGGGUAGAAUAUGGCAAACCAGACACCGUAAACCAAGCAGAUAAAUGCUCCCCUGGAGGUGGGGUCGAUGGAUUUUUCAACUCCAAGAUUGCAUUAUUUGCUGCGAUAGGAGCUGGUUGUGUCAUCUUUAUACUCAUCAUUAUCUUUUUGGUUGUCAUGCUUAUCAAAAUCCGCAAGAGACAUCGCAAGCACACGUAGCAGCGGGCAGCUGCCCUAUCACUCAGUACAUUGGCCAGUCCCAAGUGCAGUGGCAAUGCGGGCACGGAGAACAAUUACUGCCCACACUAUGAAAAGGUCAGCGGGGACUAUGGGCACCCUGUCUACAUAGUACAAGAGAUGCCCCCACAAAGCCCUGCAAACAUUUACUACAAGGUCUGAGUGGGACCUCAACAUCUCAUCCAACUCCCUAUCUAUGGAGCGACCAAUC